AUGGCGGAUCUGCCUAUGCCGCGGCCGAACGUCCCACCGCUGCCACUGUCUGAGUAUAAGGUGCUCUCGGUUGACAUCUACGGGACGGUCAUUGAGUACAAAGCGCAUGUGCUUGGCUCUUUCCGUCCGCUAAUUGAACGGCUGCACCGUCCCUCGCCAUACCUGGACAGCACGCCUCUCACGGAGCGCAGUGAUUCUGCGACGAAGGGCGACAUCGAGUUCCUGAAGCUCUUCCAGCGGCAUGAGGACGCCAUCAAGCUGGAAUUGGCUGAGAAGCCGCUACGGUUCGACCAGAUCAUGCAGGAGAUAUGGCGAAGGAUCGCCGCGGAUUUGAACGUUACUACUACCGAGGAGGAAGCUGCAGCUUUUGGUAGUAAGGACACGAUCGCAUCAUGGCCGACAUUUGAAGGGACAUUUGAAGCGUUGUCGUAUCUAAGUACGCGCUAUCGACUUGUUGCACUGUCUAAUAUUGAUAAGUUUGCGUGGAACAUCACAGCGGCUUCCGACAAGAGCAGCCUCGGUGAGAUCUUCUGGUGGAAGGUCUUCACGGCGGAGGACUUCGGGACUGAUAUGAAGCGUGCUGAUGAUGCGAAGCUAGAGAAAUUGAUCGAAUAUGCCACCUCACAAGGGUUCGACAAGUCGCAGAUCAUUCACGUUGCUCAAAGUCUGGGUCACGAUCAUGCCCCAGCGAAGAGGCUGGGGCUCAGCAGCGUCUUUCUGAUCGGCGACGGUCCUGUGUGGGGCAAGGAGGCGGAGAGUAAGAUGGCGCUGGAUAAGGAGCUUGUCGGAUACGCGUGGAGGUGCAAGGAUCUGAAGGAGUUCGCCGAGCUGGUAAAGGCAGCUUUCGGAGAUUCGUGA